AUGCUUGUAAUUAUAUUUAGUACCUAUGUUUUUCUUGAAUUUAAAAUUAAUAUUUUACCGGACAGUAUUGUAGUAAUUGUCAUCGGAAUGAUUAUGGGAGUCAUCAUUCGACAGUUUGGAAUUUCUGGUGCACACACAUUCAAAUUAGAAAGUGACUUUUUCUUUUUGUUUUUAUUGCCACCAAUCAUUUUUGAAAGCGGAUACAAUCUGUCAAAGGGCAACUUUUUCGGCAAUAUUAUCAGUAUUCUGUGGUAUGCAGUGGUUGGUACAAUUAUCUCAACAAUAGUAAUUGGAGUUGGAAUUGGAAUUUUUGGAUUUGUGCCAUGGAUUGAUUCUUUUGCUUUUGCAAGUUUAAUAUCAAGCGUUGACCCAAUUGCAGCACUUACUGUAUUUAAUGGAAUUAAGGAAGAUUUAGGUGAGAGAAAGACUGCCGAAAUCUCCAUGCUGAUUUUUGGAGAAUCCACACUGAAUGAUGUGGCAGCUAUGUUGCUGUUUAGAUCGUUCGAUACCUAUGCUAGAUUUCCAUCCUCUGCAAAUGUUUCCUUCUCUGCUUCUGCAAUUUCUUUCAUGAAUCAUUUACUGCUUUCCUUCUUUGGGUCUCUAAUAAUUGGAGUCUUGAUUGCCCUUCUUUCAGCUUUAAUUUUUAAAUACUUUCAUUUCUACAAGUAUCCGUCAUUAGAACUUACUUUGAUGGUCAUUACAUGUUAUGUACCAUAUGUGCUGGCUGAAGGUUUAGAGCUGUCUGGAAUUUUGGCUCUUCUUUCUAGCUCCAUUAUUAGCAGUCACUAUACACGUCUAAAUCUCAGCAAGCAAACACAAAUUACCAUUGAUCAUGCUUUAAUGAUGUUUUCAUAUAUUUGUGAAACGAUUGUUUUUCUCUAUUUAGGCCUUGCCACAUUUACUUAUAACCAUAGAUUCCACUUUGGAAUGAUAAUAAUGGCCAUCAUACUUUGCAUUUUAGGUCGAAUUGCUAACAUUAUUCCAAUAUCUUACAUUUUAAACACUUUAUUCAAUGCAAACAUCUCAAAAAAGGCACAAUUAAUUUUGACAUGGUGUGGAAUGAGAGGAGUGAUUUCAUUAGCUUUAGCCAUGAGUCUUACCGAAACUCAGUACAAAAACACCAUCGUAACCACAACUCUAGUGAUUGUAUUAUUGUCUAUUCUAGUAUUUGGUGGUGGAAUGUCUCCUUUCAUUAGAAAAGUUUAUACCAUGUCAGAUAUUCCUUUUUUCAAUGAACCUGUAGAAGUCACUUCAUCCUUAUCAGAAAUAUCAAUCCAAGAAGAAGAAUCCAUCAUUGUUAAGCUCGAUCAAGAAUAUUUUCUUCCGUUUUUCACAGGAACCAAUUCCUCAAAAGAUGCCUUUGAUCGUGUAAAUGACAAGACAUCAUUGAAAUCUCGACAAUUAGAAAGAGCCGAAAUUCAAACCAGUGACUCUGAAGAUGCAUAA